CGGAGUGACGAGCUUGUAGCCCACUGUCAGCUGCUGCCCGAAAACACACACACACACACACACACACACACAAAGAGAAGAAGCGAUCGGCAAAACACAACGUUGGAAGAAGACGCAGUGAAAUAUGGGGCCGCCGGGAGACAGGACGCGCCACUCGUCGACUGAGAGAACGGAGGACUUCAGCCUGGCGGUCGAUUUAUCUUGACAUGGCAUGCGGCAGGGCGAGUCGGGGGUUGUGACGACGGAAGAAAAGGGAGAGAAAGACAACACGCGCAGCGAACGCCACGAAGCUCCGGACACGGAACGGGCAGAUUCGAUCAAGCUAGCGUCUCUUUAGCCUCUCAAGCGGUGUGAGUGUGUGUGUGGUUUGCUUCUCGGUUCCCUGGUUGGAUUUUAUUUUUGGGGUUGGUGAAGUAGUCGACGACGCACGGCUCAGGCAAUGUUGGCACCUAGCUAAAAAAAAAAAAUGUUGAGCACAAGCGAAAUCAGCUAGUCCGUCGAGCCCCCGCAGGUCUCCAGACUCCCACAGCUCUGGCAGCCACGUUGAAGCCAACGAGAAGAUGUAAACGCGUGGAAAGAUGACCGCACGCUAGCUUAGCCCCACCGCCACACACACGCACAGGCCUCGAUCCAGCCCGUCAGUCAGAAGAUAAGAUGUAGUUAUAUCGUCGGUUCACUACUAGUUAGUGUCGGAAGUGAACGCCGAGGUCGGCCUGCUAGCUCGCCUAAGCUAGUGUGCUAAAAAUACGCCCACGCCAUGACUACUAGCAGCGGCAGCACCGCGGGGCCGUGGGCCGAAUGAGUGGCAGUGAAAGUCAAAGGAAAUGUCAAGUUACCUUCGCAGUAGUCUUCGAUGUUACCCGGUGCCAGCGUCUCCUGGCAUCUGCAUUUACCUGCCAUGUUCGUCCGUGUCCCCGAUCCGCCUGUAACACGCACAUAGCGACGUCUCCGCAGAGAAACGCACACAACGACAGCCAUGGAUGAGAGACUUUGAAAUGACCCAAACAAUAGAAUAUUUGUCUGCUCGCUAGUCUCUGUAGUCGUCAAAGUCACUAGCAGAGGUGUAUACUGCCGCUAUGGGUUUUUAUAGUAGCAGCCGUUUCUGUUGAUUUCAUUUGUUUUCUCCAGAAGAAGAGUUAGUCAAAUUUUAAGUUGCUGUUUCGUUUAAAUCCCUUGUCGGUGGCAGGUUGAAAACAAAGCUCACGCGGCUUAAAAUCAUGUCUUAAAACAUGGAUUUCUGAUCAAGUAAUUAGGAGAUGUAGUCUUUAGCUUGUGGAUCAUUCCCCUCCUCAACACUGCCCUAACACUCACACAAAAAUUUAAAAAAUGACUUAGUCUCGUUUCUGAUUUGUUGACCUUUUUCAGUUAGUAGUUACUGGGUAUUUCACAGAUCAAACCUAAGAGUUGUUUGAUGGGUUGUUUCUGCAAAGGGUAGCGAACUCCAUCCUUUAUCCAACGUAUAGAUACAAAAGUAGAGAGUGUAGCCAAAAUAUUCUGCGCAAGACGAGAGCAUCGCCAUCCAAAUCUCACCAUGGGGGACCCAACUUCACGAAGAAAUCAAACAAGAAAUCGACUUCGAGCUCAACUUCGGAAGAAAAGGGAAUCGUUGGCUGAUCAGUUUGACUUCAAGAUUUAUAUAGCCUUCGUUUUCAAGGAAAAGAAGAAGAAGUCUGCCCUCUUUGAGGUAGCUGAAGUUGUGCCAGUGAUGACCAACAACUAUGAGGAAAACAUCCUACGAGGUGUGCGGGAUUCCAACUACUCUCUCGAGAGUUCAAUAGAACUCCUGCAAAAAGAUGUUGUGCAACUACACGCACCCCGAUACCAGUCAAUGCGAAGGGAUGUGAUAGGAUGCACACAGGAGAUGGACUUCAUCCUUUGGCCUCGCAACGACAUUGAGAAGAUUGUCUGUCUGCUGUUUUCCAGAUGGAAAGGGGCUGAUGACGAACCCUUUAGGCCUGUUCAGGCCAAGUUUGAAUUUCAUCAUGGAGACUAUGAGAAGCAGUGCUUGCAUGCUCUGGGGCGGAAAGACAAGGCUGGAAUGGUCAUGAACAACCCAACUCAGUCUGUAUUUCUCUUCAUGGAUAGACAGCACUUACAGACUGCUAAAACCAAGGCCACAGUUUUCAAGUUGUGCAGCCUCUGCCUGUACUUGCCCCAGGACCAGCUGACCUGCUGGGGUGUGGGAGACAUCGAGGAUCACCUCCGCCCAUACAUGCCUGAUUAAGGCUUCCAGCUCCACCCAGCCACAUAGGGAAAAGCCCCUCCCCUUCCUCCUGCCUAAGCCUUCAGAAGCAAAUUGAUGUACUCAUCUCCACCCGUUUCCUUUUAAAAGAUUUGAACUUGUGCUUGGAUCUCUCCUUUUUUCCCUUUUUUUGUUACCUACUCGUUCUCCCCUCCCUGGCCUGAGGCUGAUUCAGUUCCCAUCCUUGUUUUUCUCCCUCAUGUCCCAACGUUUCCCCUCUUCUCUCUGCCAUCAUUUUUGUUGGUUGCCCCAUUUUUUUUUGUUUCGUUUUGGUUUGGUUUUUCCUCCCUCUUUAUUCCCUUCCUACUCACUCAUCCAUUCUUGUUUAUUUGAACCUGCACGAACAUUGAUUUUGAGUGGUUGGUUGUUCGCUUGGAGCCGCACUGUCAACAGCACCGGUCAUUGAAGGAACUCUUUAUGUUGCAUCAGAACAGGAACAAACAAUACCCAGGUCUUCACGGUGGUUCUCAGAUGGACGUGUUUUAUAUCCUUGUUGUCAUAAGAAAGGAUUGUUAAAGCUUGUUUGUAAUGUCAUUGGGGUUUCUAGAACAACUUUACACAAUCUUUUGACCAAGGACAGGUGUGAACUGGUGUUAAAUCACCUGUAUACACAAAGAUAACAAGAUGAACAAUAUUUGUCAAAUCAUAUGGUGUAGGAAUUGCUUCUUAUAAACUGCCUUAGUUCUUUUUUUCCGCUGGACUUUAAAAAGAUGUUUUGGUGUCAUUUGCUUUUCUCUGAAACACGCUAGGCAGGCCUUUGCUAAAAUCUCAAGUUACUUGAAAGGCAUUGUACACAAAGGUGAAACAUGAAGGUCAUUGUCAACGUUCAAGCUGGCCGAUCAUGCACUAUUCAAGCUACUGAAAUCUGAUACUUAACAUUUUGUUUUAUUUGGGAUGUGGGUUGGUGAGAAACUGAGAUGUGAUGUAAGAUUUAAUGUUUAACAUACCUAACAAAAGUUGCUGAAAGCUAACGAAUCUUAGUUUAAUUUGACCUAGUAAAAUUAAUAUGUUUCCUGCCAUGCACAUUUAAAUUGGGUUUUGCAGGCUUGCUUGUCAAAGAAUAAGUACAUAGCACGUAUAAUUUUGCUCAUUGUUGAUUCAGUGUGUUCAGUUCAAAGAUUAUAAGGCGUGUAACUUUUGUUUUUUUUUCUGUUGAUGAAUCUCAAAUCAAUACUGCUGAGCAUAUCCCAAUACAGUGCAAAUUCUGAAAGCAUAA